AUGGAUAUACAUAACUCUUCUGCUAAAGACUAUCAACAUGAUACCGACAUAACUAUUAUAAAUUCUUUAUUUUCAUCUGAUUUUGAUGAUACAUCAAUAACUGCUUGUAUACCUGUUCUAAAACAUCCACAACAAGUUAAUGAAUCUUCCAACACAACUUCAUCAAUAAUAUCAAAUACUGUAUAUGAUCAAAAUAAUAAUCAAAUAAAUUCUGAUCGUAACCAUAAUUAUAUAUUUAUUCAACAUGAUUUACAAGAAACUACGAAACAACUUGAACAAAUUUUAAAUUACUAUCAACAAGAUCUUAAACAAGAAUCUAAUACACAAUUAGAUUGUAAUCGAAACUUAAUAACACGUCUCGUUGAUUUUAUUCGACCUGUAUAUUCUUCAAAUCAAGAAAAAAUGAAAGAUUUAGAUACAUUAAUUGACAAAAUAUCGAACUUACAUGACGAGAGAUUUAUUGAACAAAAAGAAAAAAAUGAACAAUUUCAGAAAGAAAUUUCAUAUUUAAAAAAAUUAAUAGUAACAUCAGAAAAUGAAGAUAAUAUUAAUUCAAUGGUUGAUUAUGAAGAAUUUAUAGAAAUAGAGGAGGAAACCAGAAAACUUCAGAAAUUAGUUGAAUAUCAACAAAACCAAAUCAAUGAACUUAUCAAAAUUAUAUCACAAGAAGAAAUAGUUAAAAAUGAAAAAUAUCAUACAACUGCAUAUUCAAUAUCUCCAUUGAUUAGUGAAUUAGAAAAUACAAUGAAAAAAAAAUGUUGUGUAUGUGAUUAUGAAUAUUCAAAAACAUGUAAUGAAACUGAAAUACAUAAUCAUGUUAAAAGUUGUUUAUCGACAAUAAAUCUUGAUAAUUUUCAUGUUUCUGUCGAACGAAUACAAUUGGAUUGUCCAUUUUGUGAUAAAAAAUUAUUAAACAAUGGUGAUAUUACUGAUCUUGAACAUUUAACAAUGUGUUGUAGUCAAUUGUAUGUCUAAUUUUAGAUUGAAAUCAAAUAAAGAUUCGUUAUUUUUAUACUAAGAUUUAUAAACCAGAUGAAUAUAAUUGUUCUUUGUGAUAUGUGUAUAUAUAUAAAUAUAUGAUUUCUUUUUUACUUUUUUUUUGCUGAAUUGAAUUUUAAUAAUAUAGAAAUUCAUCUAAUAGGCUUCGAUUUUAUUGAUCUACUUUCUUCAUGCAAACAGAUCAUCGUAUUGCAAUGUUUUUGUAUAUGUUCAUAUGUUUAAGGUAAAUCAUUUAUUGUUGAAUCGAUCUAUCCUUAAAUAUACAAAGGAAAUAUAGAAGUUAAAAGGAUCAAAGAAACUUUGAAAUAGACAAAAUCAAAUAAAUUGUGAUUAAUUAAACAAUCUUUAUCAACUUUUACAGAAUCUUCUCAUUCUUUUGUUUAUGUAUUUUAUGAGUAUUACUAUUAUUGCAUUUUUUUUUUAGAAAUAGCAUGAGGCCGUUUAUUUAUAGAUUAAUAGUAGAAAGUUGAGAUUGAAAUCCUUUUGAAUAUGAUUCCAGUUUUUUUUCUAAACUAAUCUCUGGAAUAUAUUCAUAAUAAAUAUUUUCUCGACACGAUGAUAUAAUAUGUAACUACACAAUUCUUCGAUCAUUGUAAAUUGAAAUUUAAUAUUUACUGGAAAAUAAAUGUGUCAGGUUAUAUCAUCAUGACUAUUCUAAUGUUUUUAAGUGCACAAAUCAAAAUAUCAGUUGAAGACAAUUUGAAUCAAAGUUUUUCUUUUUUUGUCACAUAAGAGUUUUGAUUCAAUACCAACCAUAAAUAAAAACAGAAGUAUUUAUCCUUAAUGAAGAAAAAAAUGAAAAUUAAAGUACACAUUAUCGUUCACAUAUAGAACGAAGUUAUUUUAUUUUCAACUAAUAAAUAAAAAGCUGUUAGCGCAAUUCCGGCGGGAUUAAAAUGUGAAACACGAUGCAGCUGUUGUUAUUAGUCGCACGAAUAUGUUUUCUUCGAUAUCUUCGAAUCCGUUAACAAAUCAUUGUUUAUUAAUUUCUCUGGAGCUGCAAAAAGGAAGCACUUGACAUAUUCCCAUGAAAUUCUGGCGGCAUUUAAUCGUACUUCAUAUAAGAACAGAUCUACCUAUUUCUGUAAUGGAUACUGGGUUUUCUCUGUCACGGUCUGUGGAAAGAGGGGGGGGGGAUUAAGUGGAUCCAAAAUUUCUACCCCUAUACACUUCAACAUUCUUUUCAGAUCGUGUUUCACAAAACAGGAU